GAACACUCCGGCUUUGGUGUAGCAUGCUGGAAUUCCAUAAAUAUCACCGCAGUUUUCCUGUGCUUUCAAAUGAGCUUGCGGCAGCGAAAACCACUGCUGGCUAAAACAACGCAGCACUUGCUAGGUGAGGCGGCAGGAUGACUGAUCUGCGGGCACCCUGUCGUGUUCUACGGAAGCCUUUUCUUUUGCUAAUGUUGUUCUCGAUACGGAACCUGACAAUAUGUGCCUCCGACGUAGAGCAGCAAGCAAAGAUGACAACGUGCGAGCUGAUCAAAUACUUUGGCUUUUCCUGCGAGACGACUGAGGCCACCACAGACGACGGGUACAUCCUGGAAGUGGACAGGGUGGGCACGUUGGCUAAGAAGGACAGUACGACGUCCUCAGAAAACGGCACCUUUCGCAACCCCAUCAUCCUUGUGCCAGGCAUAUUGGAUGAGUCGGGUGUCUGGUUCAUUAACUACCCUUCGCAGAGCCCGGGUUUUCUUCUAGCUGAGCGUGGCUACGACCUAUGGGCUAUGAACACCAGAGAGAUAGCGUUCCGCUCUCACCACAAGACUCUGAGCCAAAACGAUGACCGAUACUGGCAAUGGAGCUUUGAUGAAAUCGGCCGCUACGAUAUCGCCGCCGUCAUUGACCUUGUGCUGAAUGUCACCCGUGCAAGCAAGGUCACGCUGCUGGCAUACUCCCAAGGAAUGACUGCGAGCUUGACUCUACUUUCUACGAAGUCGGAGUACAACGACAAGGUUGACCUUCUUGUAGCCUAUGGUCCUGUGGCGAAUAUAACUCACAUCGGGUUCCCUAUUCGUGAGCUGAUAGCAAUCUCUGGGCCACUGUUCCUUCUUCUGGAUCCUCUUGGAGACAGCGGGUAUUUGCACCUACCCGAGGCUCCGAGGGCGCUGACUCAGCUUGUAUGUGACGUCCUUCAAGGGCAGCCAUGCAGCCUGCUCUUAUCAAUUACGCUUUUCAGCAGUCCCGAACAGCUGAACAAGACGCGGCUACCAGUAAUACUGUCACACUAUCUUAUCGGGACUUCGUAUCAAAAUCUACGACACUUCGUACAGAUCAAUCGGGAAAAAGACUUUCUUAUGUAUAAUUACGGUGCCUCCGAGAACAAAGACCGCUAUGGUCAGGAAACGCCUCCUGCUUACGACGUGGAUCGCAUUACAGUUCCGAUAGCACUGUUCUCGUCAGAGGGAGACACGAUCGCCGAUCCAAAAGAUGUGUCUCUCCUUGCUGAAAGGCUGGGUUCGAGGUUACUCUUCAACCACGUGGUGCCACCCAAAGACUUCCGUCACCUAGACUUCGCGUUCGGCUACCAAGCAACGGACUUCCUCCACAAGAUCAUGAUCGAGACAAUCGAAAAGUACGCCGGCACGAGCGCGUAACCGGAGCAACGAUGACCCGCCAACGACUGCAAUAACAGUCGACUCGAAGUUCACUAAAUAAACGGUAACAGUGCUUACUUACAGCCAUAUUCUGAUGAGGUUUGAAAGUAGAAGAAACAGACAUUUUCAUUAUUAUGU